AUGAUGAAUGACACCUCAAUUCCUGAAUUCAUCCUGUUGGGCUUCCCUGAACUACAGAAAUUUCGGUUCCUCUUAUUCGUUGUUUUCCUGACUGCGUACCUCUUUACCUUCUUUGGCAAUGCCUUGAUCAUUGGAAUCUCACAUCUGGAUGUGGGUCUCCAUACUCCCAUGUACUUCUUCCUGAGCAAUUUCUCCUUGCUAGAGAUGUGCUAUAUCUCGGUCACAGUGCCCCGGCUGUUGGCGAGCCUUGUUAUGGGCUCUCAUGCUAUCUCCUUCUGGACUUGCAUCACUCAGAUGUAUUUCUUCUUCUUCUUUGGAACCACGGAAUUCUUUCUCCUAGCUACAAUGGCCUAUGACCGAUACCUAGCCAUCUGUCAUCCAUUGCAGUACCCAGUACUCAUGGAUAGCUAUGCCUGCGUUUACUUAGCAUUGGGUUCUUGGUUGAGUGGCUUCCUGACACCCUUCUUGCCCACAACCUUCAUCUCCCAGCUGUCCUUCAACAGUAGCAACCAGAUCAAUCAUUUCUUCUGUGACACAGGCCCCUUAAUUAAGCUAGCAACCAGCAACACCUUCAUGGCUGACAUGAUGGUCUUCCUCGUCUCUGCAGUGGUUGUACUUGUGUCCCUUCUCCUGACUGUGACCUCCUAUGGCCUGAUAGUGUCUACCAUCUGCCGCAUCCCGUCUGCUUCUGGAAGGCACAAGGCCUUUUCUACAUGUGCUAGCCACUUUGUGGUGGUAACCAUCUUCUAUGGCACAGUCAUCUUCAUGUAUAUCUGCCCACGCUCUGACCAGUCUUCUGAUAUGGACAAAGUAGUAUCUGUUUUCUAUGCUGUCAUCACACCAAUGCUGAAUCCUAUCAUCUAUACCCUGAGGAACAAAGAUGUGAAAAAAGCCUUGGAGAAAGCACUCAAGAGAGUAAAGAAUGGGUGUCUGAAGCAUAGAGGAAAGACUCUCCUUACUGUAUUGACGGGAACCUCAACACUUACAUAA